CGCCCCCACCCCGAACUGCGGCGGCGGCGGCGGCGGCGAGCGCCGAGCGCGUCCGAGCAGAGCUGCAGCGGCCGCCGCGGGCACCGGAGUGCCGAAGCCCAGGACGCCCCCGGCCCGGGCCCGCGGGGUGGACAAGUCCUUCUCCCCUCGUCGGAGUGUGUGGAAGAGUGAUGGACAGAACCAGCGCUUCCCUCAGGCACUAGGCCUAUCACAGGGGGACUUGGCUCCCUUGCCAGCCGCUUCACCCUACCCUAAGAACACAGAUCUGUUUGAAAUGAUUGAAAAGAUGCAGGGAAGCAGGAUGGAUGAACAGCGGUGCUCCUUCCCGCCACCCCUCAAAACGGAGGAGGACUACAUUCCCUACCCAAGCGUCCAUGAGGUCCUGGGGCGAGAAGGGCCCUUCCCCCUCAUCCUGCUGCCCCAGUUUGGGGGCUACUGGAUUGAAGGCACCAACCACGAAAUCACCAGCAUCCCCGAGACCGAGCCGCUGCAGUCGCCCACGACCAAGGUCAAGCUCGAGUGCAACCCCACGGCCCGCAUCUACCGGAAGCACUUUCUUGGCAAGGAGCAUUUCAAUUACUACUCACUGGACACUGCCCUCGGCCACCUUGUCUUCUCGCUCAAGUAUGAUGUCAUCGGGGACCAAGAGCACCUGCGGCUGCUGCUCAGGACCAAAUGCCGGACCUACCACGACGUCAUCCCCAUCUCUUGCCUCACCGAGUUCCCCAACGUGGUCCAGAUGGCAAAGCUGGUGUGUGAAGACGUCAAUGUGGACCGAUUUUACCCUGUGCUCUACCCCAAGGCUUCCCGCCUCAUCGUCACCUUUGAUGAGCAUGUCAUCAGCAAUAACUUCAAGUUUGGAGUCAUUUAUCAGAAGCUUGGGCAGACCUCCGAGGAAGAACUCUUCAGCACCAAUGAGGAGAGCCCCGCCUUCGUGGAGUUCCUGGAAUUUCUUGGCCAGAAGGUCAAACUGCAGGACUUCAAGGGGUUCCGAGGAGGCCUGGACGUGACCCACGGGCAGACGGGAACCGAGUCUGUGUACUGCAACUUCCGCAACAAGGAGAUCAUGUUUCACGUGUCCACCAAGCUGCCCUACACAGAAGGGGACGCCCAGCAGUUGCAGCGCAAGCGGCACAUUGGGAACGACAUCGUGGCCGUGGUCUUCCAGGACGAGAACACGCCCUUCGUGCCCGACAUGAUCGCGUCCAACUUCCUGCAUGCCUACGUGGUGGUGCAGGCCGAGGGCGGCGGCCCCGAUGGCCCCCUCUACAAGGUCUCUGUCACCGCAAGAGACGACGUGCCCUUCUUCGGACCCCCUCUCCCAGACCCCGCCGUGUUUCGGAAGGGCCCUGAGUUCCAGGAAUUUCUGCUGACAAAGCUGAUCAAUGCGGAGUAUGCCUGCUACAAGGCAGAGAAGUUUGCCAAACUGGAGGAGCGGACCCGGGCCGCCCUCCUGGAGACGCUCUAUGAGGAACUGCACCUCCACAGCCAGUCCAUGAUGGGCCUGGGCGGCGACGAGGACAAGAUGGAGAAUGGCGGCGGCGGCGGCGGCUUCUUUGAGUCUUUCAAGCGCGUCAUCCGGAGCCGCAGCCAGUCCAUGGACGCCAUGGGGCUGAGCAACAAGAAGCCCAACACGGUGUCCACCAGCCACAGCGGGAGCUUCACGCCCAACAACCCCGACCUGGCCAAGGCUGCUGGAAUAUCAUUGCUUAUUCCCGGGAAAAGCGCGAGUAGAUUCGGACGCCGGGGCAGUGCCAUAGGCAUAGGAACCGUGGAAGAGUCGCUGAUUGUCCCUGGGAAGAGCCCCACAAGGAAGAAGUCGGGCCCGUUCGGCUCGCGCCGCAGCAGCGCCAUCGGCAUUGAGAACAUUCAGGAAGUGCAGGAGAAGAGGGAGAGCCCCCCGGCUGGCCAGAAGACCCCAGACAGCGGGCACGUCUCCCAGGAGCCCAAGUCAGAGAACUCGUCCACACAGAGCUCCCCAGAGAUGCCCACAACCAAGAACAGAGCGGAGACCACGGCGCAGAGGGCAGAGGUGCUGAAGGACUUCUCCCGCUCCUCGUCCAGUGCCAGCAGCUUUGCCAGUGUGGUGGAGGAGACGGAGGCCGUGGACGGGGACGACACGGGCCUGGAGAGCGUCUCGUCCUCGGGGACACCGCACAAGCGGGACUCAUUCAUCUACAGCACGUGGCUGGAAGACAGCGCCAGCACCGCCAGUGGGGGCAGCUCCCCAGGCCCCUCGCGGUCACCCCACCCAGACGCCGGCAAGCCGGGGGACCCUGCCUGUCCUGAGAUUAAGAUCCAGCUGGAAGUGUCUGAGCCGCACACGCCCCAGCUGGGCUGUUAGCCAGGCCAGCCCCUGCAGAUGAGGCCGCAGAAACACAAGCUGAAGAGGCUGUGUCAAGUUGAGACAGAUGGGACCUCUGCGCCCACGGCCCCCCGCCUUCCCCUGGGCCCACCCAUCUGGGCUGUCUCUGCAGGGCAGAGCCAUCCAGACCUGGGAGCAGAGAGGCUGCGGGCGUCAUCCCCACCCCCCAGGCUGGGGGUCUGGGCUGGGGCAAGGCCUGCUCACCCCUCCCAAGGGCCUCCAUCAGCCCCGGGUGCCUCUGUACUCAGGGGAGCGAGGUGGGAGAGGGUGCCCCUACCUCGGAGGCAGCAGGAUGUGGGGUGGGCUGGGAGUCUCGAGCCCUGGCUUCUGACUUGGGUUCUGCUGUGUGACUCUGGACGAGUUGCUCUCCCUCUCUGGGCAUCUC